AUGUCAAAAUCUUUAAGAAAAGUACUUUUUUGGGCUAUUUUAAUAGCGUUAAUACUUGGUGCUAUUUUGUUUAUUAAUCGACAAAUAGGGAAUAAUGAGAAAAAAAGCGAAAAGUCGGAAAACAAAUCCAACCAAAAAGUUCCCCAACCGCCCAAUGAUAAGCCAAAAGAUAAUCCUAAAUCACCAACCGAUACUGAAAAUUGCCCCGCCAUAACCCGUUAUAUCCAAGAAGGUGGCGAAAUUAGCGAGGAAUUGAAAAAAGCGAAAAUAAUUUUCUUUCCCGUCAAUAAUUCAGAAAGCCACGAGACAGCAGACACCGGAAGUCAUUGGACUUUGUUGAGAUUAGAGGUAGACAAAAAAUACUUGCCUCCUAAAAUUUAUAAUGACCAUGAAUGUCCACAACAAACUAAAGGCGCCGACUGUGGAGUUUAUGUAAUUGCUUAUACCCGUUUUUUAGUUAAUGAAUGGAAGAAGAAAAAAGGUCCCGGAAAAUCAAGUUUCAAAGAACAAGAUUUAAUUUUCACCAUUGCCGAAGAAAGACAAAAAUUAAAAGCGGUUGGUUUUCCAAAAAAAGGCACACCAGGAAAAGAUUAUGAGAUUGGAGAUGAUGUGGCUUAUACCGAGGAGGAGGAAAAUCGUAUUUUAGAGUGA